AUGGCUGAUUCGAAUAGGGAAAGUUUGGCAUUCAUUGAAGAGGGCAAUGAUGCUGAUGCAGAAAGCGAUGAAUUGGAAGUUGAAGAAGGACCUGCUUUUAAAAAGCCUAGGAAAAGGAAAGCGCGUUGCUGGAAAUAUUUCACAAUACUAGGAGAAAAAGGGCAUGAAAAGGCAAGAUGCAAUGGUUGCAAGAUAGAGUACAAGAUGGACAGUAAGACUUGCGGUACGUCUACUUUAAACCGUCACAUUGACAAAUGCAUACAAAUCAAACAUGAAGAUAUUGGCCAAGUCAUUUUAGACAUGAAAGGUAAAAUGAAGGCUAUAAAAAUAGAUAUGAAGGUAGCACGUGAGAUGUAUGCUGAAGCUGUUAUUGAACAUGACCAGCCCUUUAACUUUGUUGAGUAUAAGAAGUUUAGGCGUUUUCAUAAUUACUUGAAUCCAGAUUGGACUGGCAUUUCUAGAAAUACUCUUAAACAAGAUGUUUUAAAUGUGCACAUGAGAGACAAGAUGAAGCUGAAAAAUAUGUUUGGUAGCAUUGAAAGUAGGAUAUGCUUAACUUCAUAUUUGUGGACAUCUUGUAAUACUGAGGGUUAUGUUUUCUUAACUGCCCAUUUCAUUGAUGUAAAUUGGAAGCUGAAUAGUAAAAUUAUUGCCUUCCGUCAUAUGCCUCCUCCUCAUACUGGAUUUGAAUUGACUCAUAAAAUACUUGGUUUGUUAAAGGAAUGGGGCGUAGAGAAGAAGAUUUUUACCAUUACUUUGGAUAAUGCAUCUGCAAAUGACUCUAUGGUUGGUGGUUUGAGAAGCCAAUUGAAUAUGCAAAAAUUGUUGUUAUGUGAUGAGAAAUUUUUCCAUGUGCGUUGUUCUGCACACAUAUUGAAUUUGAUUGUUCAAGAUGGAGUAAAAGUUGCAAAUGAUGCCUUGUCUCGGAUUAGAGAGAGUGUUAAAUAUAUAAAAGGCUCAGAAUCAAGAAUGAUCAAAUUUAAGGAGUGCAUUGAACAAGUUGGUGGUGAGAACACUGUAACUGCAUUGAUAGCAGAUGUACCCACUAGAUGGAAUUCCACUUAUGAAAUGCUUGAUCGUGCUCUCAAAUUCAGGCGUGAGUUAUCAAUUCUCCAAUUGAGUGAUAGAAAUUACAAGUAUUUUCCUUCAGAAGAAGAGUGGAAUAGGUUGGAAAUUCUUUGUCGGUUCUUGCAACCAUUUUGUGAGAUCACUAAUUUGAUGUCUGACACUUCUUAUCCUACUUCUAACUUGUAUUUUCUACAAGUUUGGAAAAUUCAGCGUGUUCUCAUUCGUAUGAGUACUGAUGAAGAUGUGGUUGUAAGUAGCAUGGCUAAUAAGAUGAUGGAUAAGUUUCAAAAAUAUUGGGAAGAGUAUAGUGAUGUGCUUUCACUGGGAGUUGUUCUUGAUCCUCGCAUUAAGUUUACUACAUUAUCUUUUUGUCAUAGAAAGAUUGAUGCUUACACACAUGAUGACAAGAUGGAAAAUAUAAAGGCAAACAUGUAUAAGCUCUUUGAUAAUUAUGUAACAUCAACUACCACUGAUCAAAGUCAAGAUAACACUCCCUCUUCAAGUCAAGGGUCAAUGGAAACGAGAGGAUGGAAUGAUGAGAUCUUUGAUGAAUUUUUCUUGCACAAUCAACACCUUGCAAUAAAAGUUGGAAAAUCUGAACUUUAUGUUUAUUUAGAGGAGCCUAUAUUGAUUAUUGACAACUGGAAUAGUUUUGAUGCAUUGCAAUGGUGGAAGGAUAAUAGUUGUCGUUUUCCGAAUCUAUUAAUGGCUUGUGACUUGUUAAGCAUUCCUAUUACCACUGUGGCAUCUGAAUCUGCUUUUAGCAUUGGAUCACAUGAUGAUGGUAUUUCCCAUAUAUUAGCUUCUUCACGGGGAUCUAAUGGUCAUGAAACUUUGUAG